CUCACUCACUGGUGUGCUUCACCUGUAAGGAUGCAUCCUCCAACCGGGAGUGUCUGGAUCAACUACGUCAAAGUGAUGAAAACUACUGUGUGACCACGUAUGUUGGUGCAGGAAUUGGUGGAAAUUCCGGGCAGAGCAUCUCCAAGGGGUGUGCUUCAGUUUGCCCCAGCAGUGGGGUAAACAUAGGGAUAGCAGCCGCCUCUGUUUCCUGCUGCAGUUCUUUCUUGUGCAAGUGGGGCCAGCAGCGUGGGGCCAGCAGCGUGAAAGUCAGCUACUCGGUGCUCGCUAUGGCGAUCUUGGCCAGCUUCGUCUAUAUCAGGGCUGGACUGUGAUCGGACCAGGAAAAAAACCUUGAUGCCCUGAAGAACCUGCUCAGGCUUCUCCAACGAGACACCAAACCCCCCUCUGUGCAAAGCUCUACUGGGGUUACCAAUGGUGCCCUUUCUUCCAAACUCUCUCUCAGAUCCCAUUAGACAAGACCUGCCCUCUUGCCGUUCACAAGGAAAUCCCGCUGCUGUCACUAGGUGCCCCUCUGUGCCUCUCAGCAGAUCUGGAUUGCUGCUCCCAUGGUUUGGGUGCAGGAGGCCUGGGAAGCUCAACUGAAGAGUGCAGCCCCACUGGGGAGAUGCCCGCUUGCACUCUUGACCCAUCAGGAAAUGGUGGAUAAUGUUGGCAGGGUUUCUGCUUUUAUACCCGUAGUCCCAGUUGAUGGGGCUGAUUAAAAAAAGGUCAGGGCUCACCAGGAAAUGUUUAUCUCAAACCACCUCCAAAGCGGAAUACUUAAACACCCCUGCCUCUUGCUACCACAGAGACAUUUCCCAUCCACGUCACGCUAGGGAUCUGCGCCAGACUGACUGCUGGGAAGGCAUGAUCCAAAACCAAACCUCAGAUACAUUCACCCCCGGUUGGAUUCUGUUUUUUUACAUUGUUUUCUUUAUUCUUCUCCUUGGCUAACUUUUCUUAUGUAACAUGAAUGCAGUGCUCACACUGUGAGC